CUCCCCGCGCCCCUCCUUCGGCCUUCACCUACACGCCUCCGGAUUGGCCACUAGGAAUCCCGCCCCUCCAGAUCCCCUCCUGCUAUUGGUCACGGCCUUAUAAUCAAUGGAUAAAGUGGGGAAAAUGUGGAAUAACUUCAAAUACAGAUGUCAGAAUCUCUUUGGUCCUGAGGGAGGAAGCCGCAGCGAAAAUGUGGACAUGAGCGCCAACAGAUGCCUGUGUGUCACAGAGCCGACCAGCAGCAUAGGAGACUCCGCACCUCAGCAGCAAAGCAGCCCCUUGAGAGAAAACGGUGCCUUACAGCGGGGGUUCAGCCCGGCAAAGAGUUCAAGGAGAAGCCAAAAUUGUGCCGCAGAAAUCCCUCAGAUUGUCGAAAUAAGCAUCGAAAAGGACAACGAUUCGUGUGUGACCGCCCCAGGCACCAGACUUGCAAGAAGGGACUCCUACUCUCGACACGCUCCUUGGGGUGGGAAGAAAAAGCAUUCCUGUUCUACCAAGACUCAGAGUUCAUUAGAGACUGACAAAAAGUGUGGUAGAACUCGAAGUGGACUUCCACGGCGCGAGAGGCGCCACGGCGUCAGCUCUGUGCACGACAUGGACAGUGUUUCCAGCAGGAGCGCGGGAGGCCGCUCGCUGAGACAGAGGCUGCAGGACACUGUUGGGCUGUGCUUUCCCAUCAGAACGUACAGCAAGCAGUCCAAACCCCUGUUUUCAAACAAAAGAAAAAUUCAUCUUUCAGAAUUAAUGCUGGAGAAAUGCCCUUUCCCGGCUGGCUCAGAUUUAGCUCAAAAAUGGCAUUUGAUUAAACAGCAUACGGCGCCGGUCAGCCCACAUUCAACGUUUUUCGAUACAUUUGACCCAUCUUUGGUUUCUACAGAGGACGAAGAAGACAGGCUUAGAGAGAGAAGACGGCUCAGUAUUGAAGAGGGGGUCGACCCCCCUCCCAAUGCACAAAUACAUACAUUUGAAGCUACUGCACAGGUUAAUCCGUUAUAUAAACUGGGACCAAAAUUAGCUCCUGGAAUGACCGAAGCCAGUGGGGACAGUUCUGCCGUUCCACAAGCUAACUGUGACUCUGAGGAGGACAGCACCACGCUGUGUUUGCAGUCCCGGAGACAGAAGCAACGGCAGGUGUCUGGAGACAGCCAUGCCCACGUUAGCAGACAGGGAGCUUGGAAAGUGCACACGCAGAUUGAUUACAUCCACUGCCUCGUGCCAGACUUACUGCAGAUUACAGGGAAUCCCUGUUACUGGGGGGUGAUGGACCGGUAUGAAGCAGAAGCCCUUCUGGAAGGGAAACCGGAAGGCACGUUUUUGCUCAGGGACUCUGCGCAGGAGGACUACCUCUUCUCUGUGAGCUUCCGCCGCUACAACAGAUCCCUGCACGCCCGCAUUGAACAGUGGAACCACAACUUCAGCUUCGAUGCCCACGACCCGUGUGUGUUCCAUUCCUCCACCGUCACGGGACUUUUGGAACAUUAUAAAGAUCCCAGUUCUUGCAUGUUUUUUGAACCCUUGCUGACUAUCUCCCUAAACAGGACUUUUCCCUUUAGCCUGCAAUAUAUCUGCCGUGCCGUCAUCUGCAGAUGCACGACAUAUGAUGGCAUCGAUGGGCUCCCUUUGCCGUCCAUGUUACAGGAUUUUUUAAAAGAGUAUCACUAUAAGCAGAAAGUUAGGGUUCGCUGGUUAGAGCGAGAACCAGUCAAGGCGAAGUAAGCGUGCCUGCCCUAGUUGGGCGUCCGUGUACGUCACGCAGGACAGCUCGAGCGAGCACAGCAUCUUUAGGUGUGCGGAGGACUGCUCAGUACGGAGUGUAAGCUCAGUGCUGGCCUAUCCGUCAGGUGCAACCUGCUGGUGACUCAGAUGCACGUGGUGCCUAUGGAAACAACAGAGAGGGAGGGACAGGUGUGCGGCCAGGCCUACAGAAACGUUUUACCUAUUUAGCUAGAGGUUUAGUUUUUAAUGGCUACAUCAUAAUUGAGUGAAACAACUCUGGGGCAUUUGCUAUGAAGAAUUCUAUUUCUUACUGAAGAUCAAAUUAUUAAUAAUGGAUGGUAUUUCAACAGUGUGACUAAUGUUUGAAACUAUUAUUUUUUCUAAUAAUUUUUCUAUAAACUUCCAAAAGUAGUGAUGUUUGUAGUUACUGUCAAUCAAGCUUUGGAAGUCCAAAAAAUAAAGACUGCCUUCCUUUUGGGGCGGGGGAGGGGAGCAAUUUCCUGGCCACAAGGGCAUAGUGCAGUUCACUUAGAUGUUGAUAUAGCUUAUAGUCUCCUUUUCUUUUCUGCAAAGGGUACUGUUAAAUAAACCAGGUUUUCUAACUAGUAGUUCUUAAAAUUUCAGACUUAUCAGAGGUAGUAUUAGAAUUUUAUUUAAAGGCCCUAAGUAUUAAUGUUUCACAUGAAUGCUUGAACUUAUAGCAGGCAUCCUUUGGAAUAGCUGCUGUGUGUAGCUCCCGUGUGUGCGUCUGUAAGUUGACAGGGUCUUUCCCUGUGCCCGCCCGGCGUCCGGGAACCACAGUGAGACAAGAAGGGGCCCAGACGAGUCAGCUGAUCACUGCAGUGGUUGAUGAUGUUGAGAUUAUUGUUGGAUUCUCAUUCAUUAUUCCGAUGGCAGUAUUUAUCCCUCUGUUGUAAACUCUCCUAGUUGAAGUGCUUAAAUAUAAUUUCUAGAAUUUCCGUGCAGUUCAUUUUUAAUGGAAAAUCUGGAAACUAAGUUACAAAUUUUAAAAGGUACUGUCCAACUGUUGUAUCUGUAAAUAACUCUACUUAGCACCUUUUUGUCACGCAGAAGCGUAUGCAACACGGCUUGAGUGAGCGCUUUUGGAAGUAAUAUCAAACUAGUGUUUGCUUCUUCAUAUUGAACUGACUUUGCAGUUCUGGCCGAGCAAUUUUGCACUCCAGUAGUGGCCCUCCACCCAUCCCCGUGUCUCUCUGUCCGUGUGCGCUGCACCACCGGUGAGUGCGCCCUUGCUGCCUUACCUGCUGCUGCAGAGCUUUCUUUCCCCCUUCCCGUGGCUCUCAGCCGAGGUGACUCGAAAGACAAGUCUAUUGGUAUGCAACACUACCCUUGACUGCUACUGUAAGUUUCUGCUUGCUGUGCCUUGUUAUGGCUGCUUUUCUGUGCUAAUAAAGUAUGUUUGGUGUUCUUGUACAUCUGCUGUUUUAUACAUUGGCAAAAAUUUCUCUUGUAAACGGAAUGAUUUGGGGUUUUUGAAUAAGUAUCACCUGAUACCCUCCUAGAGUUAAACUACAGCCCAAUACUGACUGUGUCAGAGUAUGCUAACUCCUCACUGAAUGUCUCUACAGCUUUCCAGUCGUAUCCACAUGUCCUGUAGAACAGUAUCUAGAGUUACUGCAAAGUACAACUGACAGUGUAGAUGUUGACAGAGGAAAUAAACCAUGAUAUUGACAUAAAGCUAAUGAUCUCUCUGCUUACAAGUGACAGAUUGAAACUAGCAAUGGCAUGUUAUAGGAAGCAAGUAUGAUAGCCUCCCACCAUGCCCGGAAACAGGUUAGUGACGUUGCGAACUGAAUAAUAAAUACAUCAGCACCACUGGUGGUUUGGGGACCAUUUUAAUUGAUCAUAUAUGCUCACAACGUAGAACUUUAACCAAAGACUUGUCCGUUUCAAAGCAGAAUGGGGAUUGAAGGGACUUGUGAUUCCUCUGAAUCUAACAGGAGUCCUGCGGACUGUAUACCAAAGUGUAUUUGAGAACUUCAUCCAAAUCUACUUUAGCAUUACGUGCAAUUAAAUUGUUCUGGCAGAAUUAUGUUGCGUAACUGUUUGCUUCAUUUUCUUGAGCUUAGAAUGUACCUGGAAUGUAAACCUCUUGAAAGAAAUAUAAGCACCCAUAGUGGUUACUGGAGAAGGACUCUGUACAAGCAGGAUUGUUGUUAAAGAGGUAACUUGAAACUCCAAGAAGGCACUUGAUGUUUUAUAUGCUUGUAACAAGUUGAUGUUCUAAUUGUAGUUUUAUAGAAAGUAUUAAUGCUUUUAUGUAUUUCAGAACUUUCAUAUGCUAAGUGGAAAUUGUUUUAAAUGUGUAAAUAUUUUGAGUUUAUGUAAGCAUGUAUACUGCGAAGUCACUUACGUUUUAAUGUGUGUAAUAUUAAUAUGCAAUUUUUGGUUUUAAAUUUUCUUAAAAUAUUAGUGGCUUAAAUUUUAAAAAAGAAAAAUCACCAGCAUGAAAUUGCACCCAAGUCUAUAUCCACUGUGUCUUUUUCUGAGUCCUCAUUGUAGCCUGUCAACUAAACUUGUGUUUUUUAUGGUCUUUUUAAAGUGUAUUUUCAUAUGAAUUAGGAAAUUCUUUGGAGAUUUGAUACAUUUUCAUUGUGGGGUAUUUGAGCCAAGGAAGGCUCCUUUAAUUCAUAUGCAUUCUCGUUUCAUUAAUGAUUUGCCCCUGCUUGACCCCACCCCCUGUGAUAAAGUGAUACCACCCCAUAACAUGAUAUUAUUAAUAUCACUUUAGAGAGAAUAAUAUUCCCUUCUGAUUUAAAAACCAUUUAGAGGCCUUAUUCUGCGACAUACCUGAGGAAUAUUCUUGUACCAUUGAACUUUGAUUAUCUGCACUGAAUUAUAGUCCUACUGUUACAGUCUUGCUUGUAAUACAGUCACUUUACAAA